AUGACAGGCCCACCAAUCCCCUCGACUAUGUUUGCCUGGAGGAAGUACAAGGGAAAUCAGGAACCAGUCUAUGAAGAAAUACCAGUACCGCCCACACCUGCAACGGGGUUCCUUGUGAAGAUAUUGGCAGCUGGAGGUAAGGUGUACAUCGAUUCCCCCCACAUAAUACCUGCAUUGUCGCCUUUCCCCCCGGAAUUGGAUUUUGUGAUCCCAGGCCACGAAGGAUGUGGAGAGAUUGUUAGGGUAGGUUCAGAGGUGCAAGAUUCGAAACACAAGCUAGGCGAUAUAGUCGCCAUCUAUGCCGUGCCUGGAUGCGGGUCAAAAGACUGUCCUGAAUGCGGACGGGAUCUCCCCCACCUGUGUCGGAUAGGAGAGCAUCAUGGAAUUGGUCAGGAUGGAAGUUUUGCGGACUAUAUCGCUAUCGACGCUAGAGCUGCGGUUGCUUUGCCAAAAGGUGUUUCCCCUGCCGAGGGCGCCGUUGCCACAGACGCAGGAACCACCGCCUAUUCAGCCAUCGUCAAGCGAGGCAAAAUCACAAAAGACCAAACAGUUGUGUUAUUUGGCCUUGGAGGCCUUGGCUUCAAUGCCUUACAGGUUAUAUUGUGGAUAGGAGCGAGAGUGAUCAUUUCGGACACGAGAGAAUCAACACUUGAGGAGGCAGCGAAACUUGGUGUCCCACGAAAGGAUAUCGUGCCUGUUGGAAAAUCCGUUCAAGAAUUUAUCAAGGAGAAUGGCUUAGAAGAUAAGAUUGAUACGGUUGCAGACUUUGUUGGAAAGACGCAGACUUUCAGCGAUGCCCAGAACAUCGUACGAUACGGUGGGACUCUUCUAUAUGUAGGCACUUUGUCUAACUACACAACCGUUGACGCAAAGAUUUGUAUUAAAAAACGGCUAACCGUCGUGUUCAAUUAUGGCGGUCAAUACGAGGACGUCGUGGAAGUGCUUGAUCUGAUAGCCAAGAAGGUUGUUCGGCCACAGGUCGAGACAGGCAGUUUCAAGGACUUCCCCAAAAUUGUGCAAGAUCUGCACGAGGGAAAGGUCAAGAGCCGAAUGGCUUUACUCCCUUCCCAUACUUGA